AUGGUGAUGGCGGCGAAGAAAGGCCCGGGGCCGGGUGGCGGGGUUGGCGGGGGGAAGACGGAGGCGGAGGCGGCGUCGGAGGUGUGGUGCCGCCGGGUGCGGGAGCUGGGCGCCUGCAGCCAGGCCGGGAACCGCCACUGCUUCGAGUGCGCCCAGCGCGGGGUCACCUACGUGGACAUCACCGUGGGCAGCUUCGUCUGCACCACCUGCUCCGGCCUCCUGAGAGGCCUGAACCCCCCGCAUCGAGUCAAAUCCAUCUCCAUGACAACUUUCACCGAGCCUGAGGUCGUAUUCCUGCAGUCCCGUGGAAACGAGGUUUGCAGGAAGAUUUGGCUGGGUCUUUUUGAUGCUCGGACAUCUUUAAUACCAGACUCCAGGGAUCCUCAGAAAGUAAAGGAGUUUCUCCAGGAAAAAUAUGAGAAGAAGAGAUGGUAUGUCCCCCCAGAUCAAGUCAAGGGGCCCACUUACACCAAAGGCAGCGCCUCCGCCCCUCUCCAGGGCUCCAUCCCGGAAGGGAAGCCUCUGCGGUCACUUCUGGGGGAUCCUGUGUCAUCUCUUCCAGCUGAUGCCUCCACCUCUAGCCAGUCUGCUAGCCAAUCUCGGAUGUCUCAGCCCCGGAGCGCCCAGCCGCCUCCCCACUCCUCGGUCAAGAAAGCCAGUACCGACCUGCUGGCUGACAUUGGUGGAGACCCCUUUGCUGCGCCCCAGACAGCACCAUCAUUUGCUGCAUUCCCAGCCUUUGGGGGGCAGACACCUUCCCAUGGGGGCUUUGCCAACUUCGAUGCCUUUGGCAGUAGCCCCAGCUCUUCGGUGUUUGGAAGCAUUCCUCUGGCUCGCCAAACCCCAUUUCAGGCCCAACCAACAGCCACAGGGAGCAGCCAGGUGACUCCAUUUGGUGCCUCCCCUCUUGCACCUGCCAGUCAGCCCAACAGCCUCCCAGAUAUGAGCGGCCUCCUGGGACCUGGGGCAUCAGCUGGAGGCCUCCCUAGCAGCAUCUUUGGGAUGACCAGCCAGGUCCCCACACUCCAGUCGGCCCCAACUGGUGGAGGUGGCGGCACCGGGCUUGCCUUUGGAGCCUUCACCAACCCUUUCACAGCACCUGCUGCUCACCCUCCGCUGCCUUCCACAAACCCAUUCCAGCCCAAUGGUUUGGCCACAGGACCUGGCUUUGGGAUGAGCAGCGCUGGCCCUGGCUUCUCCCAGGCAGUGCCACCCCCCGGGCCCUUUGCCAGCACCUUCCCACCACCCAUGUUCUCCCUGCAGACCUCGAUGACUCAGCAGCAGAAUGGAUCUUCCUUCAGUGACUUGGGACCAGCCAAGCUGGAACAGAGGCCACUCAGCCAGCCAGCGGGCAUCUCCACCAAUCCCUUCAUGCAGGCUAAGUCACCUGGCAUUGAUUACCAACCCAUCUACCUCUGCUGCUUACCCAGAACCCAGGCACUGAGAUCCCUGCUGCUUCCUGCUUUAUCUUCUCCCACCAUUUAA